AUGGCUACCUCGGAAAAGGAGCUCAUAGCCUUCUUUGGCGACCUGUCAAAGAGCAUCGAUAUCCCUACCUUUGACCAGAUCCUGCAGAUGGACGAUGACAGCGAGCGGGAGUUCAGCCGGACGUUAGUGUUUGAGUUUCUCGAGCAAGCCGAAGACACCUUUAAAAACCUACAAGACAGCUUAGACAGCAAAGAUCUUCACGACCUAUCUGCAAGGGGCCACUACCUCAAGGGCUCAUCAGCAACCCUGGGCCUUAUCAAGAUCCGAGACCAUUGCGAACUGAUUCAGCGAUACGGCUUGCACGAAAACCUGGAUGGCUCAUCGGAACCGAACGAUGAUGUGUGUCUAAAGCGCAUCACGGAAGCUCUGAAGGCACUUCGUGUCGACUUUGCGGAGAUUGAUAGGGCGCUCAAGAGAUUUUACAAGGUUGCCGAGGACGAGGACGACAAAGACGAUAAGAGUGACGGACACGCGUCUGCGGAAGAAGAUGAAGAUACCGAUGAUACCGAACCCGGGGAGGACACGAAAGACACCAAAGACACCAAAGACACCAAGAAGCCUGAAGAGGUUAAGAGCGCAGCGGACGAAAUCAAGGAAACGCCAAAGGCAAACGGCGACAAGCCCGCUGGCGAGGCGAAGAAGAAGACGGAGGCUGCUCUGGGAGAGUUCCGCGAUGACAUCACAGACACCAAUAGCUUUGCCAUCCCGGCUGGAGCGGUAAGGCCUUUGGGCACGCUGCACCUGACGCUCGGGGUCAUGAAUCUCAAGGAGGAAGGCCGACUCGAGGAGGCGACUGCGCUGCUGAAGGGCUUGAAACUGGGUGAGAUUUUACAGGAGUCGGGACGGGCGGCCAAGGAGCGCGCGGACAGGGCGGCGGCGGCGGCGGUGGCGACGGUGCUUUACGCGGUGCCCGAGGACGGCCGAGGGCAGCUGUACCCGUUUUGCGACAAGGUGAGGACAGCUUUCAUCGAUGCCGGGCUAAUGGCCGGGGCGGGGAGGAGGGGGAGGAGAAAGGCGCUGAGCUUGGAUGCGAGGGGUAUACUGGAUCGGUACGAGGACUUCAAGUGGAUGGACGGUCAGCCUGUUGAAAGCAUCGCCAUUUGCAAGAUGGGGGCGAAACGGGUGGAGGAAGAUGGGGAGGCGUACGAGAGCGUUGCGGAGGUCUACUUCUAG